AGGGUCCCUCCUGAGGAAUGCCUCUGAUGCCUUUUGAGUCACCUCCAUCAUUACCGGGAUAGUGAGGGAAUGUGUAUAUGUUCUAGUUGCACCAUUGCUCUGUCAUUAGGCUUGAGCAGAUGAAAAUGUCCUGUAAACAUUCGGAUGCUCAUAGGACAGCAGCUGCAUUUGAGUUUGAAAAUCGACAGGAAAUGGAAUUUCAAAGCUGCAUUUACUUUGAUUAAACUCGAACUAUACUGGGAUGAGCUCCAAUCAAGAGGGUCAUACCCGACUUGUCCAUAGGAUUGAAGCAUUCAGAUCAAGAGGCCGUGGACCCUCCGCGUGACGACAUCAUCCUGCGACUUCGGUUUCACCUUAUGCGGUUCAUGUGAACUUGCCUCCUCAAAUGAAUCCAAGGCUAACUUGGGCUAUUUCUCCAACAGCGUUGAUUAAAAUGUCAAGUUACUGUUUACUGUUGGAUCAGAGAUCAACAUGAAGGAACACUACAUACCAGACUUGGUCCCACGGUUCAUAAAAUGACUGCAUAUUCAACCUCUGGAACCAUUGAAGCUCCCAUCUAACUUAUUCUGCACACCCCCUUUACUCCUUAGGCGAAGAAAAAUAGAAAAAACUCAUGAAAAAUAACACAGUUCGCAAGUUGCCAGCUUAAAAUGCAGCGAGACAGAAACGUUGGUACAGACGUGUGCCGGAUUACUUGGUUCAGUCUUCUUUGUCGUGUUGCACAUCAUUACUCUCUGCCUGUGUGUGUGCGGAGGUAUGAACUAGCCAGGUAGGACCGAUGCCACGUGGAGGCCACAUGGCCCAGGUGUCUCGUACCGGCCACCAUCAUCAUCAACGUCCGCAACGCCGACAAGACACAGUGGAACCAAGAAAGCAUCAAUCAUCACCCAGAGUCGAAUCCCACCCGACCACUCGUCAGGGCCGUCACAACAUCACCAGGCCUCUCAAGGCGGCGGCGGCGGCGGCGACGAACGCCGCCACCCCCACGUCGGAGAAAGAUGGAGACCCGCCGACGGCGCGAGAAGAAGCUGAGCAACAAGUGGGUGUCUACCGUGGCGAGCAUCCUGAUCCAGUGCACCAGCGGCUCCCUCUACACCUUCUCCGUCUACUCCCCCGCCCUCAAGUUCACCCAGGGCUACUCCCAGUCCACCCUCGACGCCAUCUCCGUCUUCAAGGACUUUGGCGCCAACUGCGGCGUCCUCUCCGGCCUCCUCUACUCCCACGCCAGUGAUCCCCUCCGCCGUGGCGGGCCGUGGGUGGUCCACCUCGCCGGGGCGGCCCAGAACCUGGUGGGCUACUCCCUCAUAUGGGCAUCCGUCGCCGGGAUCUUGCGCCGGCCUCCCGUGGCGGUCGUGUGCAUGUUCAUGUUGGUCGCCGCGCAUGCGCAGAGCUUCUUCAACACCGCCGAUGUCGUCACAGCAGUCCAGAACUUCCCCGAGUACAGCGGUACUGCUGUUGGGAUCAUGAAGGGUUUUAUUGGUUUAAGUGGAGCUAUACUGAUCCAAAUAUAUCAGACAGUAUUCAACGAGAACCCCGCUGCGUUUCUCCUAAUGCUUGCCCUAUUACCAACGAUUAAUGCUCUGCUCCUCAUGGGAUUCGUAAGAAUAUACAAUGCGAGUGCAGCGGAAGAGAAGAAACACCUAUAUGCUUUGUCCUUGGUUGCUCUCGUCGUUGCAGCUUAUCUCAUGGUUGUCAUAAUGUUGGAAAACAUCUUCAAGUGGACGUUCUUGUUGCAUCUUUCAGCGUUAGUUUUGCUGCUUCUGUUGCUCUUUUCACCUGUUUUUGUUGCUGCUAGAGCCCUGCAAGGAGAUCUCAAGAAUGCUGAACAGACGCUGUCGAUUGAAGGUGUGGAUCAGAAUAGCUAUCUCGACCAGAUAGAGCGUUACGAGACGAUUUAUGAUGGAGAAGAAGAUCUGACUGGUUCCGAUUAUCAGAUUGUACCUGGUGACAUUAAUGAAGAAAUCAGUAAAGAUGAAGACAACGACCAGCAGCUCGAAAAAGACCUAGAUUUGUUGCAAGCUAUGCGCACUAUGGACUUCUGGAUAUUAUUUCUAGCCAUGGCAUGUGGCAUGGGGUCGGGACUUGCCACGAUCAAUAACAUCGGCCAGAUAGGAGGAUCUCUGGGUUACACCAGCGAAGAAGUGAACGGUAUGAUCUCCUUGUGGAGCAUAUGGAACUUUCUUGGUCGUUUUGGGGCCGGAUUUGUAUCUGACUUCUUCUUACACUCCAAAGGGUGGGCUCGGCCAUUGUUCAUGGCCAUAACUUUAGCUGCUCUCAGCGUUGGUCAUGCGGUCAUUGAUUCUGGCCUGCCUGGUGCUCUGUACGUGGGUUCCGUUUUGGUGGGCGUGUGCUAUGGCUCACAGUGGUCGCUGAUGCCAACAAUCACAUCCGAGAUAUUCGGUGUGGGUCAUAUGGGCACCAUAUUCAAUACCAUCACCAUGGCGAACCCCGUCGGAUCGUACAUCUUCUCCAUUAGAGUGAUCGGGUAUAUCUACGACAAAGAAGCAUCAGGGAAAGGGCACAAAUGUAAAGGAACAAAGUGCUUCAUGUUGUCUUUCUUCAUUAUGGCGGGCACUACUCUUUUGGGUUCUCUUGCGGCGUUGCUAUUAUUCUUCAGGACGAGAUACUUCUAUAGUCGGGUUAUACUCAGACGAAUACGACAUUCCUCGAGGUUGUAAAUAGUUAGUUUAUCGAUGUGGUAGAUUUCUUCCUGAAGAGAUUUACUCGAGUUUGAUUGUGGUAAGUCUUAAAGGUGAGGGAGGCACCCUAUGAGGGAUUGGGAAUAAUAGUCAGUUUUUUAUCUUUCUAGUCAUGAGCAGAGAUUGCAGGUUGAUCAGCCUAGUGAAAAUUGCCCGGCCUCAGGCCUUGAUGGAGUUCCUCAGUCCAUAACACAGACAACUGCAUCACACCUCAGAUGCCGGAGUGGUCUUGUUAGCCAAGCAAUGGAGUCCGACUUAGUACGCAAGAGAGUUUGGUUAGUGCAAGUGCCAGCCGAGAAUUUUAUCUUCAUCGCAAGUUAUGUUUGGUCUGCCGGUCGUGCAAGUGUCACAUAAAUAAUGCUUGAGCCGAAACUUUUAUUAUGGCCCUGUUUCCUUUGUCUUCUAUAGUGAUCCUAAUAAUGGCUAUCUGCCUUUGGCCAGUUGGGUCGGUUGGAUGUCGUAUAGAAACUCUUCUCUGGCUAUUUGGCUCGUUGUCUAUCCUUUGUAACUCUGAUUUUCGGUUUUGAGUGAUCAAAAAACUGUUUGAAGUGUA